CCUAAUCCUUGCCUUUGUCGUCAUGAACAGUCCAAAUUAUUUGGUUUUACUACACUUUUCACUGAUCCUCGUCACUGCAGCUCCUUCAAGGAAUGUCUCUUCUGUCACCCCCAAUCGAGUUAAACGCCUUUCCAACGCCAAUUAUGACGAGCAGUCCUUUCGACUGGCCCCAAUGAUGGUCUCUAUAAGAACGAGGAGUGUCCACAGGUACUUCGGGGACAAUCACUUCUGUUCAGGGGUUAUUGUGUCGCCAACGUUCGUCCUGACCUCAGCGCACUGCCUGAUAAAGUGGGUAUAUGAAUGGAUUUUCCCUAAAAAGAACCAAGUGCUAACCGUUGUGGCAGCCACUGUCAAUAGGCUCAAGUACAUGUCGAAAAGGACUUUUAUAACUCCUGUAGACAGUAUGAUUUUGCCCGAUAACUUCUCAUUGCUUAACAAACAGGAUGUGGCCAUACUGAAGAUGGCGACGGAAUUUCCAAGGAAUCAUAAAUUUAUUUCUGUAGCUAAAUUACCAAUCGAACCGCCAAAAGUCGGUCUCAAGUGUUUUGUACCGGGCUGGGGACGAAUGUUUCGCGGGGGACCGCUCGCUACGCACCUGCUCUAUAUAAACGUGGAAAUUAUAGAUCGCAAAAUAUGCGCCAAAAGACUGAAUGUCAGGGCAACUGACCUCUUGUGCGCCGAGGACACUGACCCCUUGUCGUCCCAACAACCUUGUGGUGGGGACUGGGGAUCCCCGUUGAUACACGAGAACACUGUCUACGGGCUCGUGAGUUUCCUUGUGGGCUGCGGCAUCGGCAAGCCAUCCGUUUAUACCGAUAUAUACGCAAGUCUGGAAUGGAUCGAGGGGAAAAUAGUCUCCAAUAGAGGUAGCAUACCAUAUGUUCCCGUCAAAUUGGAGUAUUUUCUUACAAAACCUAUGCAAACAGGGUUGAUUCUACUUUUUGUAGUUAUAUACGAAACUUUAGAGGUAAACCUGUGACCUGUGACCUAUUUUCUAGAAAUUAUAAUACAUUCUUGUGUGAA